CUCACCAACCCGCGCUUCGCUCUUGGUCCCUUCCGGCCACCGUUGCUCUCUACCCCGCCGCGCCCGCCCUCGACCCGGAAGAGCAUUCUCCUUAGCAACUGCGGAAUUCUGGCGGCGGCGGCCUCCCGGGAGCUACGCUCCUGGCACCUACCCUUUUACCUUCAGUUUCCAUGAUUUUGACUACUCCAGAUAUCUCGUAUAAGUGAAAUUGUACAAGGGGCUGCUGGUCAACCUCGGCAAGGUGGUGCCCGUGUGAGGACCAAGGAACACAAGGAAGGAGGCGGAACCUUCAAAAACGAAGUAACUGCCCACUUGUAACAGCUAAACUGCUAAAGGCAGGAAGAACUCUGAACCUGAGCAGUGGAGGCCCGUCUGGAUCUAGAGAAAAGAGGCAACUUUGGAACCAGUAAUGAGUUAUCCUGACGGCAGGCUGAACCUGGGGACCCUCAAAGGUGUGUCCUCUGUGGUUGGCCCACAUGGUGUUGGUGCUUCGCCAAAUGACAAAAAGUCAAAGAACAAGUUCAUACGAGGGAAGAAAAAGAGCAUAUUUGAAAAUUACAUGUCCAAGGAGGAUGUUUCGGAAGGCUUGAAGAGAGGAACACUUAUCCAGGGUGUAUUGAGAAUUAAUCCAAAGAAGUUUCAUGAAGCCUUCAUUCCUUCCCCGGAUGGUGAUAGAGACAUUUUUAUUGAUGGGAUUGUUGCUCGUAAUAGAGCCUUGAAUGGGGAUCUGGUGGUCGUGAAGCUGCUUCCAGAGGAGCAGUGGAAGGUAAUUAAACCAGAGAGCAGUGACAAAGAAACAGAAGGUGCCUAUGAAUCAGAUCUCCCUGAGGAAAUCUGUGGAAGCCAUCUUCAACAGUCCCUGAAAGGCCAUAAAGACAGUCCUGAUGUCAUUAUAGAGGCUCAGUUUGAUGACAGCGACUCAGAAGAUGGACGAGGCAACACACAAAAUGUUCUGGUUGAUGAUAUUAAGAAACUCUCAGUUUCUGUUCAUGAAAAAGACGAGGAAACUGAGGCUCAGAGAAGUUACUUGGCUUGUCCAGUGUCCUACAGGAAGUUAGUGAAAACGGAUGCUGGGGCACCAAGUGCAAAAGUUGAGAGCACCUCCAUGGCACAGGACACAAGGGCUUCACCAGAGAGGUCGCUGCAAAGAUCAGCAAAGGUGGUUUAUAUCGUGGAGAAAAAGCAUUCCCGAGCAGCAACUGGCUUCAUCAAACUUCUGGCUGAUAAGAACAGUGAACUAUUCAGGAAAUAUGCCCUGUUUUCUCCCUCAGAUCACCGAGUGCCUAGAAUAUACGUGCCUCUCAAGGACUGUCCCCAAGACUUUAUGACCCGACCUAAAGAUUAUGCCAAUACACUGUUCAUUUGCCGCAUUGUGGACUGGAAGGAGGACAGCAAUUUUGCCUUAGGGCAGCUGGCUAAGAGUCUUGGGCAGGCUGGUGAAAUUGAGCCUGAAACAGAAGGAAUACUAACAGAGUAUGGUGUGGAUUUCUCUGAUUUCUCUUCAGAAGUUUUAGAAUGUCUUCCUCAAAACCUGCCCUGGACAAUACCACCAGAGGAAUUCAGCAAGAGAAGAGAUUUAAGAAAAGACUGUGUCUUCACCAUUGACCCAUCAACUGCCCGAGACCUUGAUGACGCCCUCUCCUGCAAGCUACUUGCUGACGGCAACACCUAUGAAGUGGGAGUUCACAUUGCUGACGUCAGUUACUUUGUCCCUGAGGGCUCUGAAUUGGAUCAAGUGGCUGCUCAGAGAGCUACAAGUGUCUACUUGGUUCAGAAGGUGAUCCCCAUGCUUCCCAGGGCAUUGUGUGAGGAACUAUGCAGCCUCAAUCCCAUGACUGACAAACUGACCUUCUCUGUGAUCUGGACGCUGACUUCAGAGGGCAAGAUCCUUAGUGAGUGGUUCGGUCGGACCAUCAUCUGCUCCUGCACCAAACUGAGCUACGAGCACGCACAGAGCAUGAUUGAGAGCCCGACUAAGACAAUCCCUGAGCAGGAGCUGCCCCCCAUCUCCGCAGAGCACACCGUUGAGGAGGUACACCAGGCUGUCUUGAAUCUUCACCGGAUUGCAAAGGAGUUACGCAAACAGCGGUUUUUGGAUGGCGCACUGCGUUUGGAUCAGCUGAAGCUUGCUUUCACUCUGGACUAUGAGACUGGAUUGCCUCAAGGGUGUCACAUCUAUGAGUACCGCGACAGCAACAAGCUCGUGGAGGAGUUCAUGCUCUUGGCCAAUAUGGCAGUGGCCCACAAAAUCUACCGCGCCUACCCCGAGAGGGCGCUGCUGCGCCGGCACCCCCCACCCCAGACCAAGAUGCUCAAUGACCUGGAGGAAUUCUGUGACCAGAUGGGGCUGUCCAUGGACUUCACCUCCUCUGGGGCCCUCAAUAAAAGUAUAACCGAAAUAUUUGGAGAUGACAAGUACUCACUGGCCCGGAAGGAGGUGCUCACCAGCAUGUGCUCCCGGCCCAUGCAGAUGGCGCUGUACUUCUGCUCAGGGAUGCUGCAGGACCAGGAGCAGUUCCGGCACUAUGCCCUCAACGUGCCACUCUACACACACUUCACCUCGCCCAUCCGCCGCUUUGCAGACGUCAUGGUGCACCGUCUCCUGGCCGCUACACUCGGCUACAGGGCGGUGCCAGAUGUGGAACCCAGUGUCCUGCAGAAGCAGGCCGACCACUGCAAUGACCGCCGCAUGGCAGCCAAGCGCGUGCAUGAGCUCAGCACCAGCCUCUUUUUUGCCAUCCUGGUCAAGGAGAGUGGCCCCUUAGAGUCGGAAGCCAUGGUGAUGGGCGUCCUGAACCAAGCCUUCGACGUGCUGGUACUACGCUACGGGGUGCAAAAGCGCAUCUACUGCAAUGCCCUGCCCCUGCGGUCCCACCACUUCCGGAAGGUGGGCAAGAAGCCGGUGCUGACACUUGUCUGGGAUCCUGAGGACAUGGAGCAGGAACCAGUGCAGCAGGUCAUCACCAUCUUCAGCCUGGUGGAGGUGGUGCUGCGGGCAGAGGCUGCCGCCCUCAAGUACAGCGCCAUCCUGAAGCGGCCGGGCACCGAGGACCUCUUGGGCCUGCAGGACAAGGAGGAGUGUGACUGUGACCAUGACCAUGAGCAGGAGGACUGAAGCCACCACCCUACUGCCUACCCCACCCACUGGCUUUUAGGAAUAGGACAUUUUGACACCAAAGGGGAUUUUUAAUUUGGUUUUUAACAUCUCAGGGUUUUGUUUUUAUUUUUUCACUCUAUUUUACUUUUGCAGCUCGGUUUUUAAAUGAACUGGAGGGAAGAGGGUGGGGCUGGACGGGCCAUUGCUUAUCAGAGUCGAGUGGUACCGCCCUCCUGGGAGGCCAGCCCCCCUUCCUGCCAGGCCACCCACUGCCUUCCCCUGCCCAGGAAAUGGGGUCCAGCAAAUCAGUCAUGGAAUAAAACCAGGUGUGAAGUGCAGCCUGGCGUACAGGGCGCGGGGGGAGGCCGGGCUGGCAGGGUGCCCCUGGCUCGGGCUCCACCCGUCACAGCUAAGCUGGGUCACCACUCUCUGGAGCCUUCCUGUCAGUUCCAGGAUGGUUCACAGAGCUAGCCACCUGGCCGAUGGAUGCCAGCGCCUCGUUCUGGCUGAUUAGAAAUAUCAUUAGUAUCCAGGCGGCAGCUCACCCAUCCCUGUUGCUGAUGGCUAUACCCAUCCCUGCCCCCACCACUGCCUCUCUGCCUGCCAGACCCCAGAUGGGGCAGUGGUUCUGUAACACCCCCGUCCCCUCUUCCCAGUACAGCUCUGGCCCCGUUACUACCCUUGGUGCAAGCUAGUACUUAAGCACACCUUCCGUCCCAGUCUUCACCCUGGCAGCAUCAAGGAGCCUGGGAACAAAGUGGGGGCUGGGCCUGUGGGACAUGAGAGGGGCCCUCAAACUGCCUUCCCAACCAGGGAGCAGAAAUGGGCUCCUGGUGGCCCAGCCUGGCCAAUGGCCCCUCCAGCCCCACCCUCUGGCCUAGUCACCUGUCAGCAUCUGACAUCCACGGAUGCCAACCACCAUCUUCAGGAACGCAGGGACAGAGAUGGCAGGCCCCUGGGCAGCACUGUCCCCAGCAGCCUGGCCACAGCCCCUGCUCCUUCCUCACCAAACUGGGGAACCACAGGUUGGCUUCCCCAGUAGCUGCCAGAAACUAGAGAACCAUGGUGACCAAGGACUGGCUUCACCGUGCUGUUUCAUUGGGG